UUGACGCAAGUAGUGACCCUGGCAGGACACCUCUCUCACUGGCAGCCCGCCGCUGUCAUUCCAAGUUGUGGGUAUACUCCUUCAAACAGGAAUGGCAAAUCCCAAUGCCAUGGACAAGAUAGGACAAACGCCGUUGAUAGUCGCCACGAGGGUCGGACGCCUAUCCGUUGGGAGGGCACUUCUUGCCACGGAAAAAUAGACGUCUACUAUGCCGCGCUUCAUCAUGCCGCCAUCAAUGAUUGCCAAUCGGUGACCCAAGCCUUGGUCGAAACACCCAAUGUGAACGUCAAUCAUCGAGACAGGAAAGGGCAGACACCGUUUCAUCACGCCAUAAUAGGCGGAUUUGAGGCCCAGACUGAGAUCAUUCUGGGUUCAUCUCAUGUCAACUUGAACUUGAAAGAUAGCAACUCUGCACGCCAUUGUUCUGAUCCGCUAUCAACGACCAGACGGAAAUCAUUCGCAUGUUUCUGGAUGACGGCAGAGUUAACUGGGAUGAGCAGGGCCGUCACAAGGAUACAUAGAUGGCGAAACAGCGCUCUCACAGGCCAUGAAAAAGGGAGAUUUGAGGUCGUCAAGCUCCUACUUCAGAAAGGGGCGAAUGUUGAAGCAAAACAAGACAACGGAUGGACGCCUCUGCACUCAACUUCGAAAUUCGGCCACAUAGAUAUUUGCCAAAUCCUGAUUGAGCACGGAUCGAAGGUUGAUCCGCAGAACAUCAAUCGAUGGACACCACUUCACGAAGCCUCGUAUCAUGGAUACGCAGAAGUCGUAGAGUUCCUCUUGCGGGAGGGCGUGGGGAUAGAGUCCGAGGAUGAUGAGAAUAGAUCGCCACUUCACCUUGCAUCGCAAGGAGCAAGCUUGAGGAGGAAAGACCAUCGGGGCUGGACACCAUUGCAUGCCGCAUUCUACGGUGGUUAUACGGAAAUUGGUAGGCUUCUCCUUGAUGGAGGGGAACAAGUCGACACGGGGAAUAUCGACGGGUGGAUCUGCACAUGGAGUCAAGCCCAGGGUCAUUACGACAUGGCAAAACUGCUUCUGGAGAGAGGGGCGGAUUUCGAUACACUGGACCACCACGACGAAAGACGUACGCCACUUAAGAUUGCGCAGUAG